AGGAAUGGAGAAAGGAAAAGAAAUAUCUUCCAUGUAUUUUGGAGUCAGAGACCUCUGCAUCUGAAGUACAGGUUCAAGAAUCACAUUUUGAGAUCAUGCAACUUCCAUUUCUUGUAAGUGUCUUAAGUAUCUAUCGUCCCAUAUACAGUUCAAUGACACCAUGUCACACUCAAUCUAUCCAGCUCAAAUAUCAUGACACAGUUACCAUAAAUAUCAAAUUUAUCCAGUAGUAGUCCUACACCUACUAUACCUCUGAUAUUUCAUGUGCCAUUUGCAAGCACAUCACAUGAGGCAAGUUGUGUAGAUUCCAUGUUAUAGUCACCAUUUCCAAAUCAAAUAUCUUGCUAUAGUUACCAUAAAUAGCAAAUUUGUCUAAUAAUAAUUGCUAAUGAAGCUAGAACCUUUUAAAUUCCAGCUUCAAAUAAGUCCCAAUAUUAAACAAGUUCGGUGGUAGCAUUGUAGAGCUUCCAUUCCCCACUAAUGGGUGUGUUUUGUUAAUUCCACUGUACCAGUUUCCAUUAAAAGUAGCUUUUCUCCAUUAAUGCAGGUCUAUUUCAACAAAGUUGAACAAGAUUUCUGAGAUCUGGGUCAUCGAAUUUAUGGUGAACUUUUCAGGUAGAGUUUUCAUUGAAGGUCAAAGCCUGAAAUAAGUUUCAUACCCACUUCAAAGUUAUAGUGUUCAGGUAUCAUUCAUGGUAAGUUCUCUCUAAUAACACUUUCCAUAGCUCCAUUCAGCCCAUAUUGAUAAGACCCAUUCUUUGUUCUUCCAUCAAUGGCGAGUUUUCCACUGUUAAAGCAAUGUCAUGUCCAAAUUCUAGACUUCUUGACAGCUUCUAAGACUCCACUCUUAUUACAGUUACCAUUUCUGGAAACUUUUCUGUUACUUUUGCAACUCUUCUUCUCUGUUGCAGCUUCAAAUCAGCAGAGCUUCACCUACAAUGGCUUCCACAAUUCCAAUCUGAACUUAGAAGGAGCCUCAUACAUUCAACCUAAUGGUAUUUUAACCAUAACCAAUGACUCCACCAGACUCAUAGGUCAUGCCUACCACCCAUUUCCUCUUCAAUUCAAGAAAAACUCACUUUCCUCAAACAAUUCUCGCCAUUCUUUUAGCACCACCUUUGUCUUCACCAUCUCUCCAAAAUACCCUGAUCUUGGUGGCCACGGUCUUGCUUUUUUUCUCUCUCCAUACAAAAGUCUCCCCAACCCCAGCCGUUACCAAUACUUAGGCCUCCCCAACUUCACUCUAACUACCGAUGGUCUCCCUACUCGCUUGUUAGCUGUGGAGUUUGACAUAGUCCAAAAUGAUGACGUUUUUGACAUAAACGAUAAUCAUGUUGGUAUAGACAUUAACAGUUUGAUCUCAAAUGUAUCAGCCCCCGCAUUUUAUUACGGCUCUGGUGAGAGUGAGAAGUCCCUGAUGAAUCUAAAGAAUAUAAAUGGAGUCCAAGCUUGGGUAGAGUAUAGUCAUGGAGAAAAGAGGAUCAAUGUAACAAUUGCACCAUUUGGGGUUGUGAAGCCUAGAAAGCCAUUACUGUCUUUACCAGUUGAUAUUUCUCUAAUUGUAGAUGACUUAGGUUAUGUUGGAUUCUCAGCUGCUACUGGUUUGAUCUCGGCUAACCAUGAGGUUUAUGGGUGGAGUUUUCAGCUUGAUGGGAGGGCUAAUGAUUUGGCCCAUUCUGAGCUUCCUCGGUUGAAACGGACCCCAAACAUAGUGAGAAGUAGUGGGUUUGUAAUUGGGAUCACAAUCACUUCUUUUACUCUUGUUUUCGUGGUAUUCAUGGGGGCCAUGCACAUAUGGAAAAGAGAGAGAAACAGCGAGACGAUAGAAGAUUGGGAGAGGGAAUGUGGCGCGCGAAGGUUCACUUACACCGAGCUCUCGGCUGCCACAAAUGGGUUUAGAGAGAGAGACAUGAUAGGGAUUGGAGGCUUUGGAAGGGUUUACAGAGGAGUAUUGCCAAGCUCUGGCCUAGACGUUGCAAUAAAGAGAUUAUCUGGUGAUUCAAUGCAAGGAGAGAGAGAGUUCAUAGCUGAGGUAACAAGUGUAGGAAGGCUUAGGCACCGAAACCUCAUCCAACUCCAUGGAUGGUGCAAAAGAAAAGGAGAGCUCCUCUUAGUCUAUGACUAUGUCUCUAACGGUAGCCUCGACAAUCUCUUAUUUGACAACAAAGACACAGUUUUGCCAUGGGAAACGAGAUACCAAAUACUAAUUGGGGCAGCUAAAGGCUUGUUAUAUCUCCAUGAAGAGUGUGAACAAAGAGUGGUUCAUAGAGAUGUCAAGGCCAGCAAUAUAUUGAUAGAUUCCGACCUUAACCCUAAAUUGGGUGACUUUGGGUUAGCUAGAACUUAUGUACAUGGAGUUAAUUCAAGCACAACAAGAAUUGUGGGUACAUUAGGCUAUCUAGCACCUGAGCUCACUAGAACCGGUAAGGCCACAACAAGCACUGAUGUGUUUGGUUUUGGAGCUGUUAUGCUUGAAGUGGCUUGUGGUAGGAGGCCUAUUGAGCCCGAAAAGUGCAAUCGCGAGCUUGUUUUGGUUGAUUGGAUUCGAGAGCUUCACUGCAGAGGAACCCUUUUAGAGGCAGCUGAUCCAAAAUUAGAUGUGUUUGAACCAGAAGGAAUGGAGCUUGUUCUCAAGAUUGGGUUGCUUUGUUCUCAUCCUCUUCCUGGUUAUAGGCCUAGCAUGAGACGAGUGGUUCAGUUUUUAUUGGGUGAAGCUACUCUUCCUGAGCUUCCACCUGAUGUUCAUCUAGAGCAUCCAUCUCUAGUGGCCGAAUUCUCAGACGGUUUUGUUAGUUCUGAUCCUUCUUCAUCUCAAGUGACCUCUUCCAAGAGUACUUCGAGCUUCUCGAGUGUUGAUAAGGUAGGUUCGAGUGCCCCUUCUACCAGAUCUACAUUCUGAGAGAGAGAGAGAGAGAG